UCCGGGUAAGAUGGCCGCAGUCGGAGAGUGCUCGCUCCCCGCGCCGUGGCGGCCGGUCUCCCUCACUCACGUCGAGUAUCCCGCAGGUGAUUUCUCUGGUCAGCUUUUAGCUUAUUUGAGUCUCGGCCCAAUAUUCAUUAUUGUUGGCUUUGUAACACUCAUCAUAUUCAAGAGAGAGCUGCACACGAUCUCUUUCUUGGGAGGGCUGGCCUUCAACGAGGGAGUGAACUGGUUAAUAAAACAUGUAAUCCGGGAGCCACGGCCCUGUGAAGAAGCCCAUUCAACAGUGACCACAAAAUAUGGGAUGCCGUCCAGCCACUCCCAAUUCAUGUGGUUUUUCUCUGUCUAUUCCUUUCUGUUCCUUUAUUUAAGAAUGCACCAAACAAACAAUGCGAGGUUUCUGGAUUUACUAUGGCGACAUGUACUGUCCAUCUGCCUCGUCACAGUGGCUUUGCUAGUCUCAUAUAGUAGGGUUUAUCUGCUUUACCACACCUGGAGCCAAGUCUUAUAUGGAGGUGUGGCCGGAAGCAUUAUGGCCAUAGCCUGGUUUGCCUUCACACAAGAGAUAUUAACUCCUCUCUUCCCAAGGAUAGCUGCAUGGCCAAUAUCAGAGUUCUUUUUAAUCCGAGAUACCAGCCUCAUUCCUAACAUCCUGUGGUUUGAAUACACAGUCACAAGAGCAGAGGCAAGAAACAGACAGCGCAAGCUGGGUACGAAGCUGCAGUGACUGGGAGGCGUGGGGACCAGAGGACGCGUUUUACCGGAGACAGACAAGAGCAGAGACCUGGGAGCAGCAAGGAGCCUUUUCACAGACGGACCAAAGGAACAGGCAGGGACCAUACCCAAAACCUGAAAGCCUUUGCUCUGCUUUAGCAGCUAGCUGGAUGCUCCCUGAUGCAUGUGGGACCGUGCAGGAGUAGAAACUCAUUUUCAACACAGAUGCACAUUGCCGGUUGGAAUGUACCAUCGUGUCUACGUCAGGGGAGGGGGGAGAAACGCCUGGUGUCAUGUUUGGGGGAGGGAAAACCAAAAAAUGAAUCCUUUCUGUGACUUUUUUUUUUCAGCAUGAAAUAUACACACUAUUUAUUUAUUUUUUUAAA